AUGGGUCUCCCCUUAUUCUCCCCAUAUAGCGAGGAUAUAGAACAACGUCUGAACAGCACGCUCUAUCCCCUUCAACAAUUACUUAGAGCUACCACCACAAUCCAACAUUACCUAACCUAUAAAUCCAAAAUCGUCUCCGUGACUCUAGACUUCAUAAUUCAAAAACAGCACGCUCUCCAAACGGAACAUCUCCCUCCCUCCGCCCCCCAUACUUCAGAAUUCCUCUCCUUCGCAGAAGAAAGUGUCGCUCUACAAGAACAGAUCCGUAAAGAAGAAUGGGAAGCCCAUUUCCUCCGCUCUCCACAAAAGUUCGAGGUAUCAAUCGUCGCAUCAAUCGAAACCUCUAAUGAGCGUGUGCCCCCUGCUUUAUUCUCUAGCACCACGGAAACAAAUACCAACACCACCACCAACGACCCUCUGCCUCCCACACAACCCCAAAUACACACCGCGUACUGCAGGGUCCUUAACUCCAUCGUCCACCCAAACAGUUUCCGCCAGCCUAACGGUCUAGGGAGAAAUUCGCGGUCCUUUACAGAACACAGAUUCCGCACGAAUGUGUUGGAUUACUCUUGUGUUUCGGAUAGCCGUAUCUCUGCGGAUACGACGAGGAGGUACAGGAGGACUUGGUGUCAUGUUUUGUGUGGGUGGAGUGGGUUGAAUGUUAGAAUGAUCCGGUUUGUGCCUUUGGAUCUGGUUUCUAGGAAGCUGGCUACUUUAUUCGUUGAUUGGAACGAGGAAGCGAAUGAUUUUGAGGAGUUCUUUAAUGGGGGUGAGAAUGGUAUGGUCAUAAUCUACCUUUUCAUUUCUCUCGUUAUAGUUGGACACGUGGGAAUACUAACAGGAUUCUGGUAUAGGAGUCGCACUUCAUGAGCCCUUCGCUUCAGCUUUAUCACAGGGGAUUCUGGCGCUUGUUCCUAGCUCGCUCGACGAAUCUGGGAGUCCGGAAGGGUAUAAGUUCCUCCUGGCAGACGAAAGCUACGCAGAGAAGGAAUCAGGAAAAGGUCACUGGGAGGUAUUUCUUCUCAAUUUUACAUCCUUAGCAGCCUCUUCAAAUCGAUAUAAUCCAACAUAAAAAUAAAAGAAACACUAACAAUCCCCUCAGAGCUACAAUGGCGUCGAAUUCGUCCCAUCGCCCUUGAAUACCCGUCCCCGUCCAAAACUGCCCUCCCUGAGAUUCGUCUAUUUCAGACUCCUUCUAACAUAUAUCACUCACCUGCAUUUAGGAAAACCAACAAAGUGGUUCAAAAACCUCCUGAACUCAGAACCAGAGUUAUUCCGACCCCUAAAUCCACCUUUCAGAGGCGAGAUGUUGAGAUUCUUUCUGAAUUUCGCAGGGGUAGAUUGGGAUACGAAACAGGGGUUAAGAGGGUUAAUGGAUGAUGGUGGAACAAUCAAGGAAAACAUCGAAAGAAAAGAUGGAGAAGAGGAGCUGGAUUGGCGAGAGGUUGAUAAGAUGGCAAGGGCUAUCAAAGUAGAUUGUGUAAGUUUCGGCUCAGAGAUCGAGAGGAAUAGGAUAGAGGAGGAGAGAAGGGUGAAUGAAGCCGGGGUUGAUGGGUUAUUUGAUGAGGAUGGGGAAAAUGGAAAUGAUACUAUUGAUCUUGGGAAUGGGAGUAUUGGGAUUGGAAAUGUCGCAGGUUUCUUGAUAAGGACAGAUCCCGAUGAUGCGGAUGAUGAAAGGCCAAUCCGGGAUAAUGCUUUGUGGGAGGAUGCUUUGUGGGAGGUAGAUUAA